CAAAUUUGUCCAAUAUGUGACGUGUCCCACCAGAGGAGACAAAAUCCUGGACCAUGUUUACUUGAACAUUAAACAUGCAUGCAUACAGGGCUUCCCCCCUACCCCAUCUUGCUGCAUCCGACCGUGUCUGCGUCACCCUCACGCUCACAUAAAUCCCCCUACGCGAACAAAUAAGGCCUCAAACAAAAACAAUUACAACAUAGCCUGAGAAUGCAUAUCUCAACUGCAGGACUGUUUUUCAUGCACUGUUUGAGAAUUAUUUGAACACCAGAACCUCCAGUAACACAGAUACUGUUCUGUCUUGCAUCAAAAACUGUAUAGACACUGUGAGUGUAAAUAGGCGGAUCUGGGUUUUCUUAAAACAAAAAUUCGUAAUCGUAAAAGAACUCGGACAUUCGCGUCCUAAUUGUUUUUCAGACACAGACAUUGUUGACAUUGUUAAUUGUUUUUCAGGCACAGACAUUGUUGAAAUUGUUGACAUCUUUGAUUUAGACUCAAUUCUGAUCAUCUUCACCUUCCCUGUCUAGACCUGCCCGUCCGGGCAGUCAACUUUCACGCUCACUAUUGUCAGGUACAAAGUCAGGUGCUGGUCUCAACUGCGAGUAAUGAUACCACUUAUGACCCUUGGUCUCCAAUUGGACGGCGUGUGAGGUUCUAGCCAGAAUCCUAAACGGUCCUUUCCAGCGAGGGUCAGUCCAUUUCCUGGACAGCACUCGGAGGUAGACGUAUGGAGUAAUGUCGGGAUCCCGUGGUGUUGACGAAGUGUUGACAGCCGCCUUUUCCCUGACCUGUGCAGACACAGUGGAAAAAAGUGCAUGAAGAUACUUCCAGUACGCAGCAUGUGUUAAAUCCGGAGUCGGCAAGUCAGCUGGCGGAACCAAGGUGGAGCUAGGACCUGGCAUUAAGCGACCUGUUAACAGUUCAAACGGUGCGAACCCAGUAAUUUUGUGAACAGUUUGGCGGACCACCAACAGAGCCAGGGGCAAAGCUUGUAGCCACGACAUCUUUGUCUGGGCCAUGAUUUUAGCCAAUUUUUCCUUUAGAUUCCUGUUAACCCUCUCUACUAUGGCUUGGCUCUGAGGGUGGUACACACACCCAAAACGAUGCUUGAGGCCUAAGAGAUUCUCCAACUUCGCCAGCGCCCUGUUGUUAAAAUGUGUACCAUUGUCAGACCUGAUCAAAGCAGGGAAACCAUGAGUCGGAAUGUAAUGGGUUACCAAGGCUUUAAUUACUGACGUGGCAUCUUCUUUUGCACACGGAUUUGCCCCUGGCCAACGUGAAUAAGAUUCCACGAUGACCAAGAGGAACCACUUCCCAUUGACCCUGUCAAUCAUGUCCGUAAAGUCAAGUACAAUUUCCGCUCGAGGCCAUGACACCGGAGAGAAUGCCCCCGGCUUGGGUUUUAAAGUUGGCCUUGGAUUAAAUGUUUGACAUAGGUUACAGGCUGCCACAAACUGCCAGACCACCUCCUGCAACCUUGGGUGAUACCACUGACGAAGUUUUGGAAGCAUUGCCUGAGGCCCCACAUGUGCCACCGUAUGGGCCUCUGACAACACCGAGGUCAUGAGUUGUCCCUCAGGUAACACAGGUUGGCCCUUGGGACCCACCCAAAGGCCGUCCGAUCGCCUGACCGCCCCUGAGGCGACACACAUUGAUUUCUGUUCCGGCGAUCACUCCCCCUGCACCUUCAUGAUGUCAUCCAGCGCGAUUUCUGGCGCCAACGGCAGGCCUGGGGGUUCCCCAUCCCCAACAUUAGCCGAGGUCGCCAGCAUCAUUUUUCCCUGGGGCGUGUAGCCCGCCACUUCUUUUGCAAGGGCAUCCGCCCUCUCAUUACCUUUCGCCACCAUGGUGUUGGCCUUCGAAUGUCCCGGGACUUUUACAAUGCCCAAUUCGUGAGGACCCUUAAUUGCUUCAUACAACCGCUCCAUGAGAGCCUUAUGGGCAAUUUCUUUGCCCUUCGCUGUCAACCAGCCAUUAUGCAACCACCCUUUAAGAUCAAUCAGGACCGCUGAGGCUGCAUAUGCCUUAUCUGUAUACACCGUCAAUUGUUGUCCUGGGCAUUGCUCCAAAGCCAACACCAAAGCCAACACCUCCGCCGCCUGAGCGGAGGGUUUUAUUGUCAACUUCUAAACCGUUACCGGGAGGAAAAAUGAUCCUUUCCACUCCACCACUGCUGCUGCCGCAUGCAGUGUGGUAUCCUUUGCACGCCAACAGCACCCAUCCGUGAACAUAACCCGUCCACCAUCCAAUGGUUCCGCAUACAGGUCCUCACGGACCUUUUGAUCCCUCUGUACCUUCCGAGCACACUCAUGUGCUCCCUCCAGGAGGUGGUUGGCCAUGUUCACACCGUCAUGCACGUAUGCCACGUUCGGUGCCGUCAAAGUCUUCAUCAUCCGUGUUUGGCGUAUGGGUGUCAACGUAAAAGCUGCAGAUGCCACAAAUGCCGAUACCGCGUGGUCCGUCAAUACCUGGAGUGGAUAUCCCAUAACCACGUGUGCCGUUUUCUGCAAGACUUUGGCCAGGCCCGCUUGCUGAUUUCUUUGCUCUGGCCCCGGCGUUGGUGGGUUGCCAUAAGAGUCCCGAGCCCAAUGAUCCGGGGAUCCACAAUUGAAACAGGUCCACGGGGCAAAUCCAUUCCGUCCUCGACCUGGGAAGGUACCACGCCCUCUGUAUCCACCACGGAAUCCUUGUCCUCGGCCCUGUCCAGCCCCCACUGGAGUCUGAUACAUUUGCUUUUGUUUUACCUUCUUCUGCUUUGCUUCACCAUGCAACUUUGCAAGCUGCAAUUUAACCAAACUCGUUGCCAGAGCAUCAGUCUCCUUCUGGUCUUUGUUUGGUUUUUCCGCAUAAAUCGGGCAGUGAUGUAUCAAAUGCCUCUUAAACCGCGGCUCCGGGCAGACCAGAAUAUGUGGAUUUGUCCUCAAAAUCGUCUGCACCUCGUUUGGGAGCCCAUUCAACAUCGCCGUCCUAAACAUCAUCUCGGUCUCCGGAAAGUUGGCUGGAUGUUUGCCUGUGGUUUCAAUCCACAGCUCCAUCGCUUGAGCAUAAUGUUGCUCCGGAGUCACAUCCUUUCCGUAAUUAAAUAUUGUAGGAGCCACAUCCACUGGAGAUGGAAAGGCUGCCCUCAAUUCUCUAAACAUGACAUUUGACACCUCUGCCAGUGGUUUUUCACUUCCCAAAUGGCGGGUGCCGGAUGCCACCUCAAUAUUCUGUAAUUGAAUUAGGGAACAUGAUCCCAAGAUAGCUUGUCUAAAAUCCCCCAAUGCUACUCCCUGUCCUGACAUCGCCGCCAGUAAUCCAGGCUCGUGCCCCUUUAUGCAGGGGUGGCAUUUUCUCCACCAACGCAGCCACAUCCCGAAGCACCAGGGGCUCAUAGCGGCGACCCGCGUGUGUUACCACUAGGGGUGCCAUAAUUUGGCCCUGUUCCUGCUGUGCCAUCAUCUUGCCCUUACUGCAAGUUUUAUAACCUUGCCCCGCCUCCGGCGACUCAUCAUCCAUUUCCUUUUGUCGUUCCCCUUCCCUCAGCGCCUUGAGCAUGUGCCGCUGUUCUCGCAUUACCACACCUUCUUCCUCCUCACUCUCAGGUGCAACCUUCCCGCGUUUUAAAUCGCCCAGCGUUGCCUGCUCAUAAUUUGUCAUCCCCGUCAUCACUUCAUCCAACAUUCCUCUUUCUUCCCGUUGCACUCUAUAUCCUUCAAACAACUUCCAUGAUGCCUUUUUCUUCGUCUGCUCUGGCGCGCCUUUGCUCCCCUCAGCUGGGGUGCCCCUCCUUUCUGCUAGUGCCGCCUCUGGUGUCCUUGUGGGCGAUAUCACUUGACUACGCUGCUCUCCCCGCAUUCUGUUUCUCUCCCAGAUUUUACACCGUAUCUUAACCACGAAUAGUUCAAAACUAUUCUAGUAGGUAAAUCCCAGAUUUUAUACACUACUAACGUCCACACUUUUACAAUAUUGCCCCCUCCGAUAAUCCUUCCUCUUACAAUUUACACACUCCAAUAUGCAGAAUUUAGACGUUUUAGUAACAGGUAUUCUGGUUACCUUUUCGAUGUGGCCACUCGAGGAAGGAAGGUCGCAUUCGGGGCUUUCUUAUCAGGUCGUCACCUGGUGUGGACGUGGGUCCCAGACCCCGAGUCCCAGACUCUGUGGUUUUCGCUAAGUCCCAGACUUCUUUACCUUUCUUGCAUCACGUCGGGGUCACCAAGAAUUGUUGGAUAUUACUUUUAGAUCAAUACAAAAGUCCGUUAAUCAUCUGACUCCAAUUUGUGACCUUACCUGACCACCACUCAUCCAACACUUUGCGCGCUCGUUCUGCAAAGAAAGGACCAGGAAGCCGGCGUUUUCACACGUGAGUGGAUUUAUUCCUUCAACAAACACCUGGGUCUCGGGUCCCUCUCAAUACAACCCUGUACAUCUCUGUUCCUUCCAGCCGACGUACUUUUCAUCCGAGUUGCCCAGGAUAAUUUAAAAGAUGGUGGGCCGACUCCUCCUGCCUGUGGUUGUUGAUGUUUUGUUGCUCCCGUCUCCCUCUAGGUCUGCGUCAAGCGUCGCGUCGCCCCACACCUGCUGAUUGUGGUCACCACCAACCGCCGAGAACAUUCCGUUCUAGCACACUAUCUGCUGUAAUCACUUUCUUGCCACAUUCUCACACUGCAACUUUUCAUCCACAGACUUUCACACAUUAAGCAGUAUUGCAAAUACAUCGCCUUGUUGAUUAACUUUUAUACAUUUCAUUUCCUUUACCUCCUAGCUAAAUUCUGCAACAAUCAUCCCCAUCCCAAAGACAGCAGCCAUUGACAGUCUAAAUGAUUACAGGCCUGUUGCACUCACACCUGUGAUCAUAAAGUGCUCUGAGAGGCUGGUUGCACACCACAUUUGGUGCUCAUUUCCUCCUUCACUUGACCCCUACCAGUUUACCGACAGAGGAAACCGGUCCACCGAGGAUGGUAUCACAAUAGCUCUCCACACUGCACUGAGGCACCUGGAAGGCCAAGGGAACUACGUCAGGAUACUUUUCAUUGACUUUAGUUCAGUCUUUAAUUUCAUCAUCUCAGGUAUUUUUGUUGACAAACUCUCCCUACUUGGACUUACUUCUUCCAUCUGCUGCUUGAUUAAAGACUUCCUCACAAAUCAUCUGCAGUCAGUCAGACUUGGGCCACACCUCUCUUCCUCAGUCAUCCUCAGCUCCGGGGCCCCCAAGGCUAAGUACUGAGCCCUCUGCUAUACUCUCUAUACACAUAUGACUGCAUACCAGCCCAUCCUAGCAACUCCAUUAUCAAGUUUGCUGAUGACACCACUGUGAUCAGGAUCAUCUCAGAAGGAGAUGAGUCUGUCUACAGAGAUGAGAUUGGUAAAUGGUCAAAGUGGUGUUCUGCAAAGAAUCUUACACUGAACACCACAAAGCCAAAGGAAAUCAUGGAGAUGGUCCACUCCUUCAAAUUUCUAGGAGUCUACAUCACGGACAAACUCACUUGUACUGUAAAUACCACUGCAUGGUGAAAAAGGCCCAGCAGCGACUCCACUUCCUGAGAGUGCUCAGGAAGAACAACUUGGAAGCUAAGCUGCUGCAGGCCUUCUACAGAACCACCGUGGAGAGCAUCCUCACAUACUGGAUCACAGUGUGGUAUGCUGAAUGCAUAGUGGUGGACAGGAAAGCUCUGCAAAGAAUGGUAAACAGUGCCCAGAAGAUCAAUGGCUGCUCUCUGCCCUUCCUAGAGGACACUGCCAACUCCUGCUAUCACAGCAGAGCCACUAACAUUGUAAAGGACUCUUCACAUCCUGGUUAUCACCUGUUUAACCUGUUGCCCUGUGGCAGGCGGUACAGGUCCCACAAAACACGGACAACCAGAUUCAAGGACAGCUUUUUCCCCCGAGCCAUCAACUCCUUGAACUCAAACCACUGAAAUAACAUUACUGUAAUGGAGUAUUAUGCAAUGGACGUUUGUGCAUGUAUUUAUUUAUUUUAGCAAUAACUGUGCCUUGAUGUUUUAUCCAUUGUUUUUACCCAAGAUGUUCUUCUAUUUUAUUCUAUUUAAUUGCACCUUGCACUUUGUGGAGAAGCACUCAUCAUUUCGUUGUAUGCACAGCAUAUAAUGGCAUUAAAGGCUUUUUAUUUGAUUUGAUUGAUUGAUUGAAGCUAGAGGGAUUGGACUGCUGAGGACUGGGGCAAAGUCAUUCUCUCUGAUGAAUCCCUUUCUGAUUAUUUGGGACAUCUGGAAAAAAAGCUCAUCUGUGCACCUGUGUUAUGCCAACAGUAAAGCAUCCUGAGACCAUUUGUGUGUGAGAUUGCUUCUCAGCCAAGGGACUGAGCUGACUCACAA